AUCAAGUCCAAGAACGGCUUCACCAUCUUCAUACAAAACCCCGAUGGGAAGGUCCUUACUCUGGAGGUCCAGUCGUCGACUACAGUUGACAGAGUCGCCGAGAUGAUUGAAGAGAAGGACGGCAUUCCACAGGAUGAACAGACCUUGCUUUUUCGGCGUAAG